AAAUCCUACAAAGGAACUCCUACUGUCAGACCGUAUUAAAACAAUAGCGAGGUAUAGGAAAACAUUCUCAUGUGAUUCUUUCCUUCAAAAUUUACCAGGAAAGUUGAAACUGACAAGCAAGAUGGUUCAAUAUUGGCUCCUAAAAACAGAGCCAAACGAAUGGUCAUGGCAGCAUCAGCAAAACAACAAUGGCAUAUCCCAGUGGGAUGGAGUGAGAAAUGCACAGGCCCAAAACAACAUGAAGGCCAUGAAAGUGGGAGACCCCUGUUUUUUUUAUCACAGUGGGAAAUCCAAGGAGAUUGUGGGCAUUGUGAGAGUUGUCAAGGAAUUCUAUCCGGACCCAUCUGACACUUCAGGGAAAUACGGGAUGGUUGAUGUGGAAGCAGUUUCUUUACUAGAAAACCCUAUAACUCUGUCCCAAAUCAAGCAGGAAGAGGAAUGCAAGGACUUUGUGCUGAUUAAACAACCCAGGCUCUCUGUUGUUCCAGUCCCCGACAAUGUUUGGAAACACCUUUGUCAGCUAGGAGGGUUUUCUGAUACAAUAAGUUGAGCAUUUGGUCUUGUGGCUUUUGGGUAGGCAUUCUCAGUUAGAUGUUGAAAGUUUUUCUAUAAUGCUAGAUAUUGCUUUACAGCUACACAAAUGAGUAAUUUUGUAUGUAUAUAUAUUUUACUAUUUCAGUGCGUUUGAUUAGAAUAUCAGUGAACAUUUUCAGUCUUUUACAGUAGGGGAUUUUGUACAAAGGGUAUAAAUGUUUUGGAACGCUUUCAGUCUUUUUGUAAUGAUAGUGUUUAGUCAGAAAAGUAGUCGAUGCUUUCAGUUUACUU